AUGGACAUCUCACGUCCGGUGGUUGAGAAACCUAUGUUUAUAGAAGUCGAAAAGUUCGUGGAAGCUCGAACAAAUUCCAUUGCACAGCUACUAAAGGCUAUUGACAAUGACGCCCUUGUGUCUGGUGAAGUCACAAAAGGUCCAAGAACUGCUGCUCAAAGAUUGCCACGUCACAUGAGAAGAAGAGCGAUGGCAUACGAUAUUCGUCGAUUUCCAAGAACAAUGAGAGAGUUUGCAGCAGCACAUUUAAUUUCAAAACAUGCUAAAAAGUGUCCAAGUCGGUUUGCGAGACGAAAAAGUGCAAAUUCUCGAACAAAAUUUGGCAGAAGCACCAGUACAAAAGGUAUCUGGCUCUCGACACAUGUUUGGCAUGCGAAAAGAUUUCGAAUGAUUCAAAAAUGGGGUUUCAAACUCGCGGAUCGCAGCUUUCAACGUGGAUUUCGAGCAGUUUUAAGAGAUUCUAACAAGAAUUGUGUGAUUCGAGAUAGAUCAUAUUAUACAUGUGUUACUAUUCAAUGCACCGAUGCUUAUUCAAAAAUCUCCCAGUUCUCACAAAAAGGAUGUCGAGGGCAGUCAUCACGCGAUGAAGAAGAGGAAUGUCACCAACUCUACAUGCCAGGAAAAUACCCAUUUGGAUAUAUUGGACCUGCAAGAUUCCAACGACUCUCUGGUGACAAAGUUCAUAUAUGGAUUCAUCCAUCAAGCAAACUGCAAUUCAUGAAAGCACUUCUUGAGUACUAUAAUCUUGAGAAACAAGAGAAUACAGAAGAAGAUCUUUAUAAAAAUUCUGAAAUUAAAGUUUCAAUCGAUGCAGAAAACAUUUGCCGAUUUCAUUUAUCCGGUCCAAAGUGUCUUUCGAAACUUCGCGACUCGAUUCGAUUUGUUAAUGACGAAAAGUUCAGUUCAGAACACAAUUAUUUCUUAUCUGUAUCGGAUUCCGUUUUUCAAUCAAGUCGAGAUGGAGAAGUUAUCAACUUGCUCAUCGAAGACCCGAGAACAACUUGGGAUAGGAAAACAGUUCUGAAACACAAAAAAGUGAACAAAGAAGCUGAUAAUGAGAGGAUUCGAGUAAGCAAAUUUUGGAAUAAAGAAUUUAGAGAAAUGGCGAUCGAGAAAAGAAUGGCAGAUUCUGAAUUCCACAAGCAGAAUUCUUCAAAAAUCAACGGAGUCAUUUCAACUGAAGCGAAGGUUCCAAUCAUUCUGAUCAUUCGAAAUGAAGGAUUAAAAGCACUAGACGGUGCAGAUAUUCUGAUUCCAGAACCUUUUGCAAAAGACUUCUGGGUAUCACUUCAACGACGAGGUGUCCGUGCAAGUGGACUUCGUGAUGAGUAUGCAGCACAUUUGGAAUCUAAAGCUCUUUAUUAUCCUCUAGACGAUGUUGGCUCAGAAGCUGGACGAGAAUCUGAAUUGGCGAUGAAAAAAGAACUAAUUGAAAAGUAUCUUGGAAAGCCUCAUAAUAGAAGAUGCAAGCAUUGGAGUGCUGUAUCAGUGAAGUAUCCAUUUGAAUUUAAAUGGGAUGAGCUUUCUCAGGACUGGAACUUAUCCAAUAAACCUAGAAGUGAAGCUUUUGUAUGCCGAGAUCUUCAAAAAUUACGGAUUAUCGAAGAAGCUAUGAAGAAAGGAUCGGGACUCGAAGAAUUUCAAGAACCUGGUAUGCUAAUUCCAGUGAAACUUCAGUUUUUUGGAAGAGGAAGACCGAAAAAGUAUGGAAUGGUGUGUCUGCCAACGGAUGAUGAUUUGAUUUCAAUUCGAAAGAAUCGAAACCGAGAGAUUAUUCAAACACCUCCAGAAGCUUCUUCUCAAGAUUCAGAUAUCGUUGAAGCUAUGGAAAUUGAAGAAAUUACAGUUAAAAAGAAUCAAGGAUUUAUGUCUCUUGAAGCAGCUGCGUCUGAAAAACCAAUUAAUUUGAAAUUACUUUUUGAGGAGACUACGAAAUUGGAUGAUAAAACCACCAAACGAAAACGAGUGAAUCGAAAAAAGCGAGAGUCGAAAAAACGAAGAAAGAUUGAGCAAGAAAAACGGAAAGAAGAAGCUGAAGUUGAAGAAGUACAAAAACUGGCGACAAAGUACAGAUUUUCUGCCAAUCGUGAGAUAAUUGGUCGACUGGUUGCCGGAGAACAAAGUGUACUUGCUGGACACGGUGUUGGUAUUGGAUACAUUUGUGCGAAUACCCUCUCUCUUAUUGCUUCGAAUUAUCACAAAUCAAAAACUGUAGUUAUGGUCAGAAACUCUACAUCAAAAUACUACCAUCCAGCGUAUGUGACGAUUCUUAAAAAUGCGACUAAAAUCUAAAUUCGGUUAGAAUUAAAUAAAUUUUUUUGUUAUUUGAUAUUUUCACACUUUUACCCACUUUUUGUUGAUUUUUUCAAACUAUUGUUGUUGUCUUGCCUAUAAAGUUUUAUGCUUAAA